AUGGAUCGGAUCGACAAGUCUCCGCCCAGAUUUGCGGACAUGGAGUUCACGGAUGCGUCGCCUACAAGAGGCCGAUACACUUUCUGGGAGCUUCAUCGUAUGCUGGCCGACUGUUACGAGACGGACGUAGCCACCAGUUCAGUUGCUCCCGGACGAAUCAGUUGGACUGAAAGAAGCAACUCGAUUCAUCGUGGAAGGAAGGGACGCUCGCAAAGUGUCAAGAGGGAGGCCCGAAGGCCGUCACUGGAGGUUACGGUGGUCCACCCACCGAAGCCACCCCCCACACAAGAGCUUCCACCUGCUCCACCACUAGAUCCGAUUCUCUGCCAGUCGGUAACUCCAGACAGUUCCAGUGAGAAACCUGCAAAUGUUGCUCAUAGAAGCUUCGUCCAGACACUGCGUGAUCUGCAUGGUUUAGGAAGUGGAGACAAUGAUGUCGAUGUGGCAAGCCUUCAACUGCACUGCCACGACUGCUGGCAAACCCGACUGGAGAAGAAGGUCAUCACCACUAUGCGUUCCCAAUUCAUCUCGGCGGAUGCCUCGUACCAGUCGUCGGCUCAGUCACACAUAGUGGCUGUUGACACCGACACGGACACGCAGCCGCAGAAGGCAUGGGUCUGCAUGCUCCAUCCCAGUGGCGGCCUCCGCACUUCUUGGAACCUCCUGGUGGCUCUCUGCGUCCUGUACGACCUGUUGGUCAUCCCCCUGGCAGUUUUUGAUCUCCCGGAGAGCUCUCUGUCGCAGGCCCUGGACAUUGGCAUCCAGGCCUUCUGGAAUCUGGAUUUCGGUCUCGCAUUUCUCACCGGCUUCUAUGACCAGGGAUCUCUGGUGAUGGACCGAGUCGCCGUGGCCCGGCAAUAUGCGAAGACUUGGAUGGUUUUCGACCUUUUCCUCAUUCUCAUGGACUGGUCCGUGACUGUCAUGGACCACGUGACCCUCACCGGAAACCCAGCCGACUGGUCCAGGACCAUCCGAAUGCUUCGGCUCCUUCGCCUGGUGCGCAUCGUGCGGGCCAUCAAGCUGCGCCGGGGCUUCGUGGCCGUGCAGGACCUCCUGCACUCACAGGCCGCCAGCCUCUACCUGAGCUUCUAUGUCAGCUUGGGACAGCUGCUGGUCCUGAACCAUUGGAUGGCCUGUGCGUGGUUCGGGGUCAGCUGGUUGAACACAGACAACUGGGUCGUGGCCAGUGGACUGCAGGACCAGAACGCCCAGCGCCAGUACCUGGCCUGCAUCCUCUGGUCCUUCUGUCAGCUGGGAGUGGGCGAGAGCCCCUUGCAGCCGACGAACGAGGUUGAGAUGCUCUUGAACGUCUGCAUUACUUUCAGGUCCCUCAUCACUUCGGCCACCCUCAUCAGCACGAUGAGCAGCUUGAUCGCGGGCCUGCGGAAGAUAGAGCAGGACGAGACCACCGAGUUUCGGCUUCUGCGGCGCUACCUGAAGCACAACGAGAUCCGCAGUGAGGUCACGCAAUUCUUGCAGCAUCAAUAUGCCUUGAAGCAGCAGGCCAGGUCCUUUCAUGCCCGUGUGCCGCUGCUGGACUUGCUCUCCCGUCCGCUGUUCCACGAGCUCCAGUUCGAAAGGUACCGCCUGUCCUUGUGCAAGUUGCGUCUCAUCCGUGAUCUCCUGGAUGAGCCAGGCAUGCAGACGCUGCACACUCUCUAUGAGCUCGCAAGCACGAGCCUGCAUCACACGGUUGCCGCAUCGGGCGACGUGAUCUUCCUGAGCGGAAAGGCAGCAGCCUCGGCCUACUUGAAGCUGAGUGGGUCUUUGUGCUACUACCACGACGAGGGCGACGAUGUCUUGGACGACAGCCGGUGGGUCGCUGAAAUGUGCCUCUGGGCGCCAUGGGUGUAUAUGGGUGAUCUGGAGUCCAUGAGCAUGUCGGAGCUCCUGGCUCUGGACGCCGACGCUUUCUGCGCCACCUUGUCGCAGAAUUGGGACACGCAGCAGGCCGCCAGCAUGUACGCCAAACGCUUCCUGGCUGCCAUGCACAAGCAGAAGAUGCUGACCGACAUUUUUGUGGACUACGACCACGACCUGGACUCCGAAGAGAGCGAGGUGGAGCAGCCCCUGGUGGACUUGUCCCUGCUGCCAUUCCUACCAGCGUCCUGGAAACGGUUUUGUCUCCAGUUUUUGAGGAGAAAGCGUCCCAGCACACGGCAGAUCGCUCCCGAAGGGAGAGGGAGAGCCGUGAAGGGUAGAGUUGGCCCCUGA